AUGCGUUUCUCUGUCAAAAAUACCCAACGCUACAGUAACUCGGUUUCCGAUGGACUCGAUCGGCGUGAGAAUAUAGAGCUCACAGAAGAGUUUACUUCAAAUAUCCUCCCUCGUGACCCCCGUGGAGGAGGAAGAGGAGGGGGAGGAGGAGGUACCCGGGGAGGUUCUGGUGGUGGCACCAGAGGUGGCUCUAGUGGUGGUACCAGGGGUGGUUCAAGCGGUGGUUCAAGCGGAGGAUCGAGUGGUAGCUCCAGCAACGGAGGAUUUAAUGGGGGAUCUAGGGGUGGUGUAUCAUUCGGAACAGGCAUGUGGAAUGGACGAGGCGCUUCGUCAUACGGUAGUGGGGGCGGUAAUCCUUCGACCAUAUCCUCUGGUGCCUUUGCGGGAAGAUCAGUUGGCGGUGGUACGCGAAACCAGGUCUUUGGAAGCAGGCAAUAUGGUAGUGGAUAUGCCUAUGGCAGUAGCGGUCCCUCUGUUUCCGGACGCGGGUUUCCCUUUGGAUAUUGGCCAAUCUACGUUCCUAUUACAGGGGGAGCUGCGUACUACGGUUAUCAUGAAUACGGACCAGCGAGUAAUGCAAGUCGGCCUGGUGGAAAGAUGCAUCAGGCACUCGUUCGUUCGACCAGCUGGCCCAACUCGACAGACUCAGCGACACCAAUCAACAAUGCGACUGCGCCGUACUACAUUAUUGGAGACGCAGAUUCAGUCGCAGCCAUUAUGGAAGAGUUGGUCAAUGAGUGCUCGGUUAUUCGUACGUCAGGUGUGGCAAUGAAUGAAACCAACCCCUCAAUAUCCUUCGAGCAGGCCGUCCAAUUCUACCGAGCAUCUUCGUUUGCGCUCAUUCUGACUUCUUAUAACAAUUCCGCUAAUUCGAUUCCAAAAAACGGCACCACGCCUUCGACUGCACUUUCUGACACGCCCCUACCUCCUGGUACGGACAUGAACUUUUUGAACUGUUUGAACACUACAAUCGGCGCAUCGAUACCCAUCAUGGACGCCGAAGACAGUGUCUCGGGUUCGAGUACCCCAACCUAUAACUCUGCCCCAGCGCAUAUGCACACUCUAGGGGGACUGAACACCAUUGGGCUACUUUGGAUCCUUUUAUGGAUCUUUAAAUUGCUUUAG